AUCCGCGUACGUGCUGACUACACUCACCAUGGAUCGACCCACCUCGUUCGUUCGCUCUUUCUAUUUUCUCACUACCACUACAUCCCGGUCUUGGACUCCCGGCUACGCGCAUAGAUAACCUAGACAUAUAACUAUAGACGAGGCUCGGCGCCAAGAACGCACACCCCUCGGACAUUACAGAGGAUCCUGCACGCCACGCUCGCUUCAGCUCAAAACGGUUGACGACAAUACUCGCCUUGGCUUGGCACAGAUCCACCUCUUGGACAAGUUCCACACGUUAUCUCAUCUUUCCUCUCUCGGUUCCUCGCGAGAUACCUGGCGCCUCCAGCGCCCCCUUCUCAUACUAUGCCAGCCUACGGUACCUUCGGACGGCGCGUCAAGGCCAAGGCGAAGAAGAUUGCUGGCCUGGACGAUGACACUGUUCCCCGCUCCAUUUCUGUAACGGAGUACUUCCAAGAGAACAAGCGUGACUGGCCCCAGGCGGCACUGGAGUAUGUCAAGAGUCUUUUCCCCUUCCUGCAAUGGCUGCCGCGCUACAACCUCACAUGGCUCACUGGUGACCUGAUUGCGGGUAUCACUGUUGGCAUGGUCCUCGUUCCUCAGUCACUUUCGUAUGCGCAGCUCGCCGGUCUGCCCGCCGAGUACGGCCUCUACUCCUCGUUCAUCGGUGUUCUUACCUACGCCUUCUUCGCCACCUCCAAGGAUGUCUCGAUUGGUCCCGUCGCGGUCAUGUCUCUCGAGACUGGUGUCAUCGUGCACAAGGUCAUGGCUGCUCAUCCCGACAAGUGGACUGCACCCGAGAUUGCAACUUGCUUGGCGUUUAUCUGCGGCUGCAUCGUAUUGGCGAUUGGUCUCCUCCGUGUCGGCUGGAUCAUCGAGUUCAUCCCGCAGCCCGCAGUCUCCGGUUUCAUGACUGGUUCGGCCAUCAACAUCGCUGCCGGCCAAGUUCCUGCCCUACUGGGUGUAUCGAAGCUUCUCAACACCAGGGAUUCAACCUACAAGGUCAUUAUCAAUACACUCAAGCAUCUACCGCAGGCCAAGCUUGACGCGGCCUUUGGUGUCUCGGCACUUGCCCUGCUGUAUUUUAUUAAGUGGAGUCUCGCGUUUGUCCAGCGCCGGUAUCCAAAGUACGCUCGGGCCGCCUUCUUCGCACAGGCACUCCGUCACGCCUUCGUGAUCAUUAUCUUCACAAUUAUCUCGUGGCGCAUCAACGUCCAUCACGCGAAGCCUCGCAUCGCGCUCGUGGGCAAGGUCCCCACGGGCCUGCAGCACCUAGGCCGCCCUCUCAUUACUGGUGAGCUCAUUGGCGCCAUGGGCUCGCACCUUCCUGUUGCUACGAUCAUCCUGCUUCUCGAGCACAUCGCCAUUGCGAAGUCGUUCGGCCGUCUGAACGGAUACAAAAUCAAUCCGAACCAGGAACUUAUUGCCAUCGGCGUCAACAACACUCUCGGUUCUGUAUUCUCCGCUUACCCCUCGACCGGCUCCUUCUCGCGCUCAGCCCUCAAAUCUAAGUCGGGUGUCCGCACCCCGGCUGCGGGUAUCCCCACCGGUAUUGUCGUCAUCAUUGCGCUGUACGCAGUGGCCCCGGCCUUCUACUGGAUCCCCAACGCCACUCUCUCGGGUCUCAUCAUUCACGCUGUUGCGGAUCUGGUGACCUCCCCGAAGCAAUCUAUUGCCUUCUGGCGCGUCUCGCCCCUCGAGUACCUCAUCUUCGUCGGUGCCGUCUUGUGGUCGGUCUUCUACAACAUCGAAUCCGGCAUUUACUGGUCGCUUGUGUGCUCUGUGGUCCUCCUUCUUUUCCGCAUCGCCCGUCCCAAGGGCCACUUCCUUGGACGUGUGCGAAUCCGCACUGAGGAUGCUGAGGACGCGCCGACCCGUGACGUAUUCGUCCCUCUCGAGGAGAGCGACGGCGUUACAAACCGCGACGUUCCUGUUGAGCCUCCUCCCCCUGGAGUCAUCAUCUACCGCUUCGAAGAGUCAUUCCUGUACCCCAACGCCUCUUACAUCAACGACCGUCUCGUCGACUAUGCUAAGCGCCACACGCGCCGGGGCAAAGACUAUUCGCAGAUUAAGAAGGGCGACCGGCCCUGGAACGACCCAGGACCCAAGAAGGGUGAGGAGCACACCGAGGACGACAAGCACAAGCCGCUUCUCCGCGCGGUAAUCCUGGAUUUCUCAGCUGUUGCCAACAUCGACACGACGGGUGUGCAGAAUCUGGUGGACGCGCGCAAAGAAGUUGAGAAGUGGGCGGACAAGCCGGUCGACUUCCACUUCACUGGCAUCCUGUCUCCGUGGAUCAGACGAGCCCUCAUCGCCGGAGGCUUCGGGCGGGGUAUCAACCGUGCCGACCCCAACGGUGAGAUCGCCCCUGUCGUUGGCGCAUACGGUGUCGGCGGUGACGCCGACCCUAGAUCGGUUCGCCCCGUCACGCCCCGCCCCCGCCCCGACAUCGAGUCUGUUGUCGAGACCAAGAUCGAGGCGUCCACUUCGUCCUCCUCUUCAUCAAUCGCCGACAAGAAGACCGACCUGUACGGCACGGUUGACGAGUCGCCGGUUGUUAGCGAUGGCGAGGACCUCGGCGAUCCUCGCCGCACCACUGGCAGCUCAGGCUCGAGCAGCAGCUCGCUCACGCUUCUCGAUCGCGCCACUCCCUUCUUCCACUUUGACAUUCCCGACGCUCUUCGCAGCCUGAACUUGGAGGGGGGCCGACGCAGCAUCUCCAGCGAUCAGACCCAGACAAACAUCCCCACAUCAUAGGGCUUAAGUUUUUAGCUUCUUCUCUCUCGUUGUAUUCACAAUCCUCACCCUCGAAUAGAUUUACAUUAGUACAUGCAUAGCAGCAGCAGAUUUGUCAGUCGGAA